GAGAGGCUGAGGGGCGGGGCGCCCCACCGGAAGUGGCAGUUAACCGGAGGGGGUUCGUUUAGCGUCCCGGGUAGCGUUUGAGUUUGGCGAGUUGCGGGCGCUGUCUCAGCGGUAGCGGGACCCCAAGGCCUCAGAAAGAGGCUUCUCUCUGUCCUGGGACCCCCUCCUCAUUCAGCGUCUUCCCCGUAACCGGAUACGGAUUAUUUGGACUCUCCCUCAGGCCCAGGAGUUACAGAUUUCAGCAAGUAUGCCCCCCCUCAAGAAGCGUCGAAACACCCCCAAGUUGCCCCUAGCCUUAAACCCCCGGAAGAGCAAGGACGUGUUGGCAGUGCUGGCGGAGAGGAACCAGCCUGUCGUGCCCGUGGGGGCGUGGGUGGAACCUGCCUCGCCGCACAGUUCGGGAAACACAGCGUAUACUGCAGCAUAUGUAAUUGAGAAAGAAAUAAAGGAACAGUUAAGAAAAAAACAAGAAGCUUUGAAGCAUUUUCAGAGACAAGCCAAACACCGAGUAAAUCAACGAGUUAGGCUAAGAAAAAAGCAACAGCUUCAGAAGUUCUAUGAAGAAGCAGAAAAAGAAGACACUGUAGGUAUGCUGCCUUCAGAUCUAGAACACUUCACUUCUAAAAGAACAGGAGUUUUUCCGAAGACUUUGAAUGCUGCUAUUGGAAGUGCUUGGUCACCUUCUUCCCAGAAGCUUGAUGAUGGAAUACAAGAUAGAGAGAAUGAGAAUCAAUUAAUACAACAUGCCCAGGCUCUUAGGAAAACCAUGAAACAGGCACGUCACCAGCUGGCAUCCUUUAAAACUAUGAGUCAAAAAUAUGCAGCAGUGUUUCCACUAGAUACAAGGAAAAGCUGUCCCACCCAACAGGAACCUGACUCUGAGGAAUCUUCAUCGAUUACGAUAGACAAGAAAGGGAAAGAAAAAUUGUUCUGGAAGAACCAACAGGGUUUCUUUUCUGAAGAGAAGAACAAAACUUUCAGCAGAGUUCAGAAAAUACAAUUAAAAACUCCAUUAUAUGCUGUAAUAGAAGAGGAACAGCUAAAUGAGUUACAGGAUAUUCUGCCAGAAACCCAGGAUUAUCUUUCAGAAACCCAAGGUGAUCUGCUGGAGACCCAGGGUGAUCUAACAGGAGUGCAGAGUGUUAAGCUGGAAGCCCAGAAUAUUGAGCCACAUUCCCAGGCUGUUGAGCUGGCAGGCCAUCCUAUGGAAGGCCAAGUUGUUGAACCCAAAGCCCAGGCCAUUGAACUUAAAGUCCAGGUUGUUAAGAUAGAACCUCAGAGUCUGAUGCUGGAAGCCCAGAGUAUUGAACUAGAAGAUGGAAAUAUGUUGGAAGUCCAUGAUUUUUUAUCCCCAAAUCAGGCUUUUCUACCCAAAGACCAGAACAUUCUACCCAAUGACCAGAAUAUUCUACUCAAAUGUCAGGACCAACAUAUUCUACGCAAAGACCAGCAUGUUUUCCUCAAAGACCAGGAUAUUCAACCCAAAUAUCAGGACCAGGAUUUUAUACCCAAAUGUCCAGACCAACAUAUUCUACGUAAAGAUCAGCAUGUUUUCCCCAAAGAUCAGGAUAUUCAACCCAAAUAUCAGGACCAGGAUUUUAUACCCAAAUGUCCAGACCAACAUAUUCUAUGCAAAGAUCAGCAUGUUUUCCCCAAAGAUCAGGAUAUUCAACCCAAAUAUCAGGACCAGGAUUUUAUACCCAAAUGUCCGGACCAACAUAUUCUAUGCAAAGAUCAGCAUGUUUUCCCCAAAGACCAGGAUAUUCAACCCAAAUAUCAGGACCAGGAUUUUAUGCCCAAAUGUCCAAACCAACAUUUUAUACGCAAAGACCAGCAUAUUCUUGCUAACGACCAGAAUAGCGUAUUCAAAUUUCAACACCAGCAUUUUCUACCCAGAGAGCAAUGUGUUCUCACCAAAGAUCAGCAUGUUUUCUCCAAUGAACAGAAUACUCUAUGCAAAUGUCAGGACCAGGAUUUUCUACCCAGAUAUCAGAAAGUCCGCUUCAAGGAGCCAUAUUCUGUUAUAAAUGAGAAAGGGAGAGAUGGCUUUUCUCUGACAGGUUAUCCUAAAGUCCAGGACCAGGUGUGCAUCAGAGAUCAGAGCUUAUACUCCAGGCAGCAGCCAUCUGUCGGGACAGCUGAAAGAUGGCGAGAUUUGCUUCUGGAUGGCCAUCAGUAUCUUCCAGCCAAGCACCGGAGAGAGGCUUCCAACAGAAGGCAGGUUUAUGAUAAAUAUCAAUCAGGAUGGAACACUGAAUUCCAAACUCCACUAGGACUUCAGUUUGGAGUAAAUCAAGAAGAAGACAAAAAAGAGCGUCAAAAGCGGUACCUGAGAUAUAGGCGACUUUUCAUGGAUAUUGAAAGAGAAAAAGUAAAAGAACAACAAAGGCAAAAAGAAUGCAGGAAGAGAACUGAAAAAAUUAAGAGAAAGAAAGAGCAGCAACGUUAUGCUGAAGAGCAGAGGAUAUUAAAAAUGAACUUUCAUGAAGAGCCAUAUUCAGGGGAGAAGAUGAGUGAGAUGUUAGCGCAGCUACAGCUCGAGGAAAUGAAAGAAGCCAGAGAAAAACAGCAACGAAGAGAAAGGGAAUGCCAAAGGUAUCUAGAAGCUUUAAGGGUCCAGAUCCAAGAGAAAAUGCGGCUGUAUAAUAUUACUUUACCUCCACUAUGCGGCUGUGGUCCUGACUUUUGGGAUGCUCAUCCUAAUACCUGUGCCAACAAUUGUAUUUUCUAUAAAAACCACAGAGCAUAUACCCGGGCACUAUAUUCAGUCAUCAAUUCCUGUGAUAGAGGGACCUUGAUUCUUCGAGCUGCCAUUCAUAAUUUUGUUUCUGCCUACAGACGGACUUUGAAAAAUGUAUAUUCAGAAUCUGAAAUCAACUGUUAGUAUUUCAGCCUUCACUUAAAAUCAAUUCUCUGAGAGAUUGUUUAGGAAAAACUGUUAAAGUGUAUAAUCUGGAAAGGAAGACUGUCCCACGUAACAACAGUCUCUGCAAUUACAUUGGAACCAUUGUUUCAGUCUCCAUCUUGGGACCACGAUGGAAAGUUGACUUCCACACUUGCCUCUUUGCUGUGAACCAUGUGGAGUUUAUUGUUUUAAAAAUGAUCAGUCAGACCAGUAAGGUUUAUCUUACUUUGCUCUGUUCUGAUCUGAAGAGAUCAUGAGAAAUCUUUGAGAUUACCGUGUUUGUUGUCUUUCUAAAACUGUAUCUUUGAGUCUUAACAAAAUUGGAAAUGUCUGGAAGAAGCAGAAAAGAAAGAUGAUGAAAUGAGUUUCCAACCAUCAGUGGCCAUCUAGAUUCCUGCUAGCUUUUCUAGUUGUGUAUAACAAUUAGAGAUGAGGAGGAUUUGAAUUUGAUGCACUUUUUUUCUAAAAAUUUCUUUGGGGGUGUUUUGGUGUGUGUGUGUGUGUGUGUGUGUGUGUGUGUGUGUGUGUGUGUGUUUUAUUACCUCUUUCCCCGUUCAGUGAAUUGGGCAUAAACCUUUUUAAUUUUAUAAUUUUCAUUGCCAAAAAAGGGAAAAUAAACCCUCUGUCUUUUGAGCAUCUUCUUUGUGAAAUAAUUGUGUGACAUUUCAAAAGUGCGUCUGAAGUCAAAGUGAGUAAAAUCCUGCCUCAGUUCCCAAUCUUUUAAAAAAUUGCUGAAUGGCAUACCUACAGAA